UCUCUCUCUUACUGAUCGCUUCUUUGCCGUGAAAGUACGACGCACGUUUGGUCGGCACAGUGUAACCUCCAUCGCCAUACAUAUAUUUGCAACGGCUGCACCUUCUUACACUUUCUGCGGCCGAAAUAUCAGAGGUGCAAAAGGUGCAAUGGAAUAAAGCGCGAAAUAAGACACAUCGUGAUUUUGGAUGAAAACAAACUCUUAAUUUAAUAGGGUAAGAGAAACAGAGUCGAUCGUGCCGCGUCGACUAUUCGGCCGAAUAUUGCAACGUAUUUCGGGCCACGUCAAUACAGCAAUAUAUAUCUAGAAUCUUCUAUUUAGCUAAUAUGAAGGGCUACGUUAAACGCGAUGAGGAGGGCAAAAUAAUCAUAGACAAUAAUGGCUUUAUCACAAUAACAUGUGAAGAUGAGAGCAUAGCGUUCCAACUACAUCUUUCAGAAAUAGAUGACAAAGCUGAGCAAAUGUGCUUCAAUGUCAAUGGUAAAGAUAUAUUCAUAGAUGUAUACCCAGGAUGGGAAACAAGUGAGGCUGAUCCAAUUGUUGAAGCUGAAAAUGACAAUGACAAUUACAAAGUCAGUACACCAUCGACAAGUAAAAGUGGGAAUGCAGUUUUUCCUUGGUGCGAUGCCUCUACAAAAAUUUUCCUAAAGGAAUACAAACUCAAAAAAGAACUUGUAAAAAACCGCAAAUUGAAAAACAUGAAACUUGCAUAUCAGGAAAUUUCCAAAAAUUUACAAGAUAAUGGUUUUAAUGUAACUCCUUUGCAAGUAGAGAACAGAUUUAAAACACUUAAACGGGCUUACAAAAAUAUGAUAAUAAGUAACAGACGAACUGGAAGAGGAAAAUAUAUUUGCACUUAUGAGCAAGAUCUAGAUGAAAUAUUUGCAGCCAGGCUUAUGCCCGAUAUGCAUGGAUCGGAUGUGGAAGCUAAUGGAGAAGAAAAUGCAGAAAAUACAGAUAAAUUUGGCAUCGCUGAAAAUGUCAGAUUGGAAGCUCAGUUCAAAAGAAUGAUCGAAAGUCUACAGAGUUGUCAGCGUGCAUUAAAAACCUUAACUGCUAAGAUGGAAAAUAGAAACAAAAAUUCCAAUGAUACACAACACAAACUUUUGCAAGUCUUCAUGGAAAUGCGAGAUAUGCAUAAGGAAGCAUAUGCACGAGCAAAAGAAGAUAGAUUGCACGCUUCUCAACAGAGAGAAAAAACAAAUAAAUUACUGGGGGAAAUAAUAAGACUCCAACAAAUUAAAAAAGAAUCAUAAUAUAAUCAAUGUCAGCUAAAAUGUGUGGAAAAUAUUUUGUUUUCACCUUCUCACAGUUAUAAAGUUACAAAACUUAUUUAUUUUGUUACAUACAUGCAUAUUGAUAUUAUAAGCUGAUAUCUCUAUUCUGUAUUUGACACUAUAUACAAAAUUUUAACAAUGAUUUAUUCUGAAAAUUUCUAAAUAAAAAAGAUACUUAUCAACA